AGGUUUUGGUAACCCAUAAAUACACCCUACAGCUCUACUGCCUGAUUUGAAACUGAAUAUAAGAUCAUUUACAGGAUGAACUACACAAGACUUGGUCUUCUUCAUAACCCUAUUGCUUCAGCCUCUCAUUUCAAUCAAAGACUACUUCUGUCUCUCAAACACACACGCGGAUUCACUAAGCUCGAUGAUGCCCUCCAACUGUUUGAUGAAAUGCUUCAAAGACAACCUCCACCUAACAUCAUUGAAUUUAAUAAGCUCAUUACUGGCAUUGUAAAGAUCAAACAAUAUUCUACUACCCUUUCACUUUACAAACAAAUUAAGUUGAUGGGUAUUCCUACUGAUCUUUACGCAAUGAAUAUCUCUAUUAACUGUCAUUGCCGGUUGGAUCAAGUUGCUUACGGUUUUGCCUUACUAGCAACCAUCUUCAAGCAAGGUCAUCCACCCGAUUUGGCCACCUAUAGCACUCUCAUAAAUGGGCUUGUUCUUGCUGAUCGAGUUUUUGAAGCUGUUGAGUUAUUCAAGAAACUGCUUAGAGAUAAACUUUGCGAGCCUAAUCAUAUCAUGUAUGGAACCGUUAUUAACGGGCUCUGUAAAGCAGGUCACACUAUCAAGGCCUUUGAACUGCUCAGGUACAUGGAAUCAGGCUCUUGUAAACCAGAUGUAGUACAGUACAAUACAGUCAUUGAUAGCCUUUGCAAAGAUCGAAUGGUUGAUAAUGCAUUACAACUAUUUACCAAAAUGACCGAAAAGGGUGUCCUUGCAAACGUUAUCACUUACAACUCUUUGAUUCAGGGUCUAUGUAACUUCGGUCGAGAGACAGAAGCUGCAAAAAUGUUGCGAGAUAUGGAGGAGGAAGGAGUAUCUCCGGGAGUGGAUACGUUUAAUAUCUUGGUGAAUUCUUGUUGCAAGCAAGGAUCGGUAAAAGACGCACAGCUUGCUGUAGAAACAAUGAUACGAAGAGGACUACAUCCAGACGUAAUCACUUACAAUGCACUAAUCGAUGGAUAUUGUUUACGUGGUGAAGUAGAUGAAGCAGGGAAAGUUCUCAAUGGCAUGCUGGAGACGAAUCUUGUGCCGGAUAUCGUAACCUAUAAUAGCCUGAUAAACGGAUACUGUAAGAAGAAGCAAAUUGAUAAGGCCAGGCAUCUCUUUCAAGAAAUCCAACACAAGGGUUUGACCCCGAACGUUAUUACUUGUAGUACCAUGAUACAAGGUAUGUUUCAAUCAAGGAAUCCUGCAGCGGCUAGAGAACUCUUUAACAAGAUGCAAGCAAAGGGUCUGGCUCCUGAUAUAUGCACCUAUCGUAUCUUGUUCCAUGGAAUGUGCAAAAACUCCCAGUGUUCUGACGCACUGGUUCUCUUCCGGUCGCUGGUAAGCAAAGAAUUGACGGAAGAUGUAGAUUUGUAUACCAUAUUGAUCGACAGUUGUAGCAAAUGUGGGAAGCCUAACGUGGCUAUGGAUCUGUUUGACGAACUCUGUUUAAAAGGAUUGAAACCGAAUGUUAGGACAUAUACAGUGAUGAUAAGUGUGUAUUGCCAAGGAGGCUUGUUUGGUAAAGCGAACGAUUUGCUUAGAAAGAUGGAAGAUAAUGGUUGUUUGCCUGAUAGUGUUAUGUACAAUGUUAUCGUUCAAGAGUUGUUGAAGAAAUCCAAGUGUCAAGAGGCGGAGGAUUUUCUCGAAGAAAUGAUUAACCGAGGUUUCAUGCCUGAUUCCACUACUUUUACGAUGGUGUUGCAUCUAAUUCCGAAUGUAGGAAAAGAAUCUCGUAUGCGAACGAUUGUUCAAAAACUAACAGCAUAAAUAGAAUCAAAGUCUAAGAAGCAUAUAACUAAAUGCUUCAAACAAAUGUCUCCGAAAAAAUGAAAAAAAUUAUAACAGUUGGAAAGUUUAUUUCACUUGAAUUUAACAGAAUUUCCAAUGAUUAUCACAGUUUACGCACGUUACAAACGUGGUCAUAGGUUCAUCCGCACUCCGAGUCUGCAACUGAUAAUAAGUGCACUUCCGUUUCCCACAUCGACCACACUUAAACUGAUCGGUCGUUGCCUUCGGUGGGCCACCACGUUCGCAAUCAAACAACGCUUUCUCCUUAAUCUUCACAUUCUCCAUCUGCCGUUCGGUGCUCGCCAUCUCUUCGGGCGUCAACUCCAGAAUCCGUUCCGGCUUCACAUGCCCGAGCAACACCUUCCGUCGGAAAUCCGGGUUUUUCGGAUCCUUAAUAUUGAACAUUAUCGAUCGGUAUUUGAACUUCUGUGCACCGUUGGAUCUCCCCCAUUUCUCAAACAUAGCGGACUCCACCGAAACGGCUACGCGGUACGGGUCCGAUGCAUCCACUUCGUCCCGUAAUUCAUCCUCGACCUCUCCCGGAACUUUGCAUAACGCCUCCGAAAGAAGUUCACGAACUUUGUCUCUUACCGGAUCCUUACAAUAAACAAGCGAAGUCAACUUUGGCGGGCCCACAUUGUUUACUGUCGGUUUAUUUGUCCGCUCGACUUUGAUAUCUUCUCGCUUUUCGACUUUGACAACGUUAACGUUUUUGUCUGAAGAUGAUGAUGACAUGGCAUGUUUUUCAACCUUGACAACGUCAACGUUUUUGUCUGACGAUGAUGAUGAUGCGGCGUGUUUUUCAACCUUGACGGAGUUGACUCUCGAGACUUUCUUAUCGGAUGUAUCGGCUCCAUGCUCGGAUUUAAAAGAUCCUUUCGUAUCCAAGCUACCGUUUUUCUUAUUCUUUAAUGUUUCUUCGACUAUUAUAUUUUUCCAAAUUUCGACUA